AUGGGUUCUUUACUUCAAGAUACUACUCUGAUGCGUUUCCAGGGGACAAACAUCCAUGUCGAGGGAACCUCGUAUCUGUUGACACGGCUCAUUUCCGAGAAAGUCAACGUGUAUGACAACGAGCGCAUUGGUGUUUUCUAUGCUCAACGUGAGAGUGACAUGCUUGACACCGUCAUCAAAAUGCACAUCCAACGGCAUCCCUUGAACAUCCCAUACCCAGACGAGAGAGAAGGAAUCGCUAGGGUGGCCAAGGCAAGAAGAAGGGGAUUCAACGAACAAGUGCAAGCCCUCAAGGACUGCAGUGAUACCUCGCCGGUCCGAACGCCCAUUGUCUUGGGACACGAGUGCAGAGUCCAAGGCCCCGACUUUGAGUACAAGGAUGGAUACGUCAACCUGAUCGCAAUGACCAUGCUCCCUGGGCGCUGCCUACUCGACUACCGUGAUCUCAGCGACGUCGAAAUCUAUCAUGUGAAGAACAAGCUGAUCGAAAUUUGCGAAAACCUGCGCAUCCGUGGUUGGGAAUACGCCCAGGCCUACUCGGAGGAUGUUCUGUACGACAGGGAAACCAAAGCAAUCUACCUUGUCGGUUUCGCGCACGUUGUCAAAGAUGACCCCUCCGAGAUAAAGCCUAUCGAUACUGAGUCGCUGGUGAUUUGGGAAUUCGGACUGAAUGUUUGGCGAUUCGACUGA